GUACUUGUGGCAAAUGCCUAUUUUGCUUGUAUCUUAAGUUGACUCUGCAAUGAAUUCUCCUUUUGACUCUAGGACUUUUUAAGAGGUAGAGGAGGAUGAUGAUACCGAAUCGCAACGUGAAGAAGAGAAGGAAGAAAUGAAAUGCUAUUCAAGAAGAAAGGUAUUUUCUAACUGGAGCCGCUAUGAGGAUACAGAAAAAGAGGGACAGAGUGAAGCUGGGGAGUCACAGAGAGGAACAGACUUCAGUGUUUUGCUUAGCUCAGCAGGAGAUUCCUUUACACAGUUUCGAUUUGCUGACGAGAAGGAAUGGGAUAAAGAAAGUAUAUGCCAUAAGCAGUUCUCUGCACUUUCUGUUGACUGCCAGUCUUUGGUCCAGGCCCUUCAGGAAUUGCCUCUACAUCUGAGGCUGAAUAUAGCUGCUGACCUUGUGCAGGCAUCAACACCUCUAGAGGUCCCACAGAUGAAAUCUAAAAUUUUUGAAGAUGGGAAGAAGAGAGAGCAGCUGUUCCGACAGUCGCUGGCUCAACGUGAAACUGUGUUGGUCUCCCAUCCUCUUGGUAAUUCUGUUGCUCCAUCAGAACCUGGAAGUAAAAAUGGCUCUAGGGCAAAUGCAGGAGAAUCAUUUCAAAAAGUCCAUCCACUAUCAAAUCAAGACACUGACCAUUUGGAUGAAGAACUAGAUCUUCUCCUGAAUCUAGAGGCUCCCAUUAAUACAGAAAAUAGACCUGCGUCAGGUACAUUAUCCUGCAGCAUAUCAACUGAGAAAGAUUUGAAAAUGGAUUGUAAAGAAAAUGAGCCUUUAAAAGUAGAUAUGCCUGAAGAGAAGAGCACGUCAUCACAGCAGCAGCAAAGUACAUCUAAAGAUGUUACUGAAGAAGAGCUUGAAGACUGGCUGGACAGCAUGAUCGCCUGAAGCUCAGAUUUCCUCAUAUGAAUAAUUGAAUAUAGCAAACAUUAUGUAGAAACUUGAAUCUUUCUUUAUCUCCUUGUUAUUUCUUUUCUCUGUAUGCGAAAUGCCUGUUUUUCUUUGCUGGCACUUAAAAUUUUGUGCAACCAAAAUGAAUUUAGAAAAGAUUUAAAAUUGUUGAAGACUAAUGAUAUUAUUAGAAAGGUCUAAAAUUUGUGAUGAAGUUAGAGUUUUCUUUGCUAAAGAAGCAGGCUACAGUGCAGAAAGAGAAGUUAUUUCAGCUUGUACUUGCUCUAUAUAGUCCUUAAAAUAAAGCUGUGGAUGAGCAAUGACUAUAUGUGUUUUUAGUUACCAUUGUCAUAAAACAAUAUUGUAGAAAAAUGGGAAAGAUGACAGCAACAGUUAUAUUUGGUUUAUAAUACUUUAUUGCAGUGGGCACUUGUUAUUAGAAGAAAAAAAAAAAAAGCAUAAUCCUAGCAACUUCUACUUGCAGGUGACCAUAGAGCAUUGUUUUAUUUUGGCCUAAGAUUUAAAUUGUGUUCAUUUUGAUACAGUGUAUGUCUUUUAACAGCAGUAUCUAAUAAGCUGUUAUUGAAGGUAGUAUAUAAACAAACUUUAAGUGCAAUUUGAUACAGAAAGACAGAAAAGCAAUACAGUUAAUGGGUCUGUUCAUCUAGAACACUAACAAAAAGUUUGCAUAGCUAUGUCUACAGAGGUUUUAAGGCACUUUAAUGUUUCAAGGUUGACAAAGUGUUUGAAAAUGAUUUCUUUUAAACUGCUUAAAGCUUUUCAAACUACCUUAAUACAUUCACUAGCAAAUACUGUGGGGAAAAACUGGACAGCAGUUACUUGAACUAUUUUUUCUGAGGUACGGUCUCUGAUGUUCAAGUUCUUCAAUGUCAGAUGUGCAAUUAAGAUGCCUUUUAGCCCUUUCAACUGUACUGCCAAACACCAGGUUAAUGAUGGUAGUUAAAAAGUUGUUAUAAUUUUAGGCCAUGUUUGAACUGGAAGGCUUAAGUUAAUCUGGCAUAGUUUUUGCUAAUUAAAAUUCCAACAAAAGACCUGUUUCAUAUGUGGUAGGUACAAAAAGCCUCUGAAAUAGUGUCAAAUUUUAUGUGUGUCUUGAACUUUGAAGACAUUUAAAGCGAAUACAAGCUGUGAAAUUAUGCCGUGAAAAGAACAGAUUUUUUUUUUUUUUUUGUAUACUGGAUCUUAGCAGUUCAUGAAUAAAUCAUUUCUUUUGUUAUAUUAGCCAAGUUGAUCCUCAUACUGUUUUCGGAAGCAGUCUCCUGCUGGGAAAAAAUCCCAACAUCUUUCUUGGUACAUCUUCCACACAAAUGAUUCCUGAAAAUGAGAAAGAGUAUUUAUUUUACCAGUCACUGUGCAGUUAGUGAUGUAGAUAAACUUUUAACAAUAACCACAUACUGUGCCUGCUACCAUGGAGUAGAAUUGUAAAGAUGCUGGAACUCAAAAGAUUGUAACUCAAUAAUGUUUAUAAAAGUUUUAUACUUAUCUAAUUCAGUACUAUUGAAGUUUAUGCUCUAUUAGUAAAAUAUCCAAGCAUAAAUUAAUCAAUCUAUUUAUAUCAGAGUAAAUCUGUUGACAAAUUUGUAUAUAAGCAAAUGUGUUUUACUUUGAAAGGAAAACAAAGGUACUUCUGUAGCAUUUGCCUAAGAGCUUCUUAGUGAGAAGAUAAAAUUAAGUUCUAGUUAUUUUCUUAUUUAUUUGCCUUUAGGGCCUAACAAUGCUAAACAUAUGGUCACCCAAAUACCUAUCUAUCUACACAUAUAUAGAUUUUGACUAUCACUAUAGUAUCUUAACUGCUUAAUCCUUUUGGGAAUAAACUACACCUGGUGCAUUUGUGAUUUUCUUUUCAGAGAUAGGAUGACAGUAAGAUUACUACUAACUGACUUCUGACAGAGUUCACUGCUGGGUGAAAUAGCACAGUGCAGCAUUCUCCCCCUCCCUUUUGUUUUAGCCUUUCUUUCCUUUUGCUGGCAGUAGCCUCUUGGGGAGAGUGGCAUCAUCCACACUUCUCAGUGGUACAUCAGUUCCACCUGCUGGUACACAGCUACAAGGCUUGAGAAGAUAAAAUUGUUGAAAGAUAAGCUUAAUGGUUUUUCUUAAAUUUUAUUUUCUACUCACCUGGCCAGUAUGCUCAGUUUCAUCCUUGUUAAUUAGAUACAUUAAGAAGAACCUGAAACAAGCACAUGAAGUGGGUAUUAAUGCAGGAAACAUUGUAUCUCUGCCUGACCUUUUCUAGUCUGUGGUAUGUGACGAAGAUUAUGCCAACCAGCAAAGCAAUGACACUGCUAGGCAUCUAAAGUGCUUAAUUUAAGGGAAAAAAUUCUGUCCUGAAGCAUGUCUUCUGUGAAAGUGCUAAGAUGUAAAAAAAAUCUAUAGAAGUAGAAAAAUGCAGUUUAGCAUUUCCUUCGUUUCAGUGUGAGGAGCAAUACCUGAAUUAGGCAUAUGCCAAAUUCUGAGCACAUAUGAUCCAACAUGUCACCUUGGAAGAGGUUACUAUGGCUACUGCAUGAGAAGUGUGGCAAAUACUGAGCUGUACCAGGAGUUCUGAGCACUGCUGCUACACAGCUCAUAGGCUGAGCCUAUCCUUCCCCAACACCUGAGCUCAGUCAAAUGUUGAGAGCUUCAACUAAUUAGGAAAACUGUAAAGAACCAGCUGUGGUCUGUUUAGAGGUAAUACUACUCAUGGUUGGUCAGUUUCAGUGCAGUGAAUUUGGAAUGAGGUUAUGUGCUUUCAUUGCGAAGGAAGGAAAGUACACUGAUUUUAACAGUUUCUAAUUAAAGGGUAACCUGGGUAAAAAGAUUGUUCACUAUAUAUUCUAUUAUGAAGAAAAUGGCCAUUUUUAAUUUAAGGUGAAUUAUAUGUUCCCAUGUAACAACUAAAGAAUUUGAUUUAGUAAGAAAAGCUUGGAUGUUGUAGACUGGUAAAACUAUGGAUAUUAAUAGAAAUUUGCAUCACAUUUAGCAAUUGAUAUUUUUUUAAUUUAAAGUUCAGAUGCAGUAUUCCAAAGCCAGAUUGCUAUAAGAUUUCACCAGCUUCUUCUUUCAUUCUCAUGCAAUGCUUGUAUAAUUAAUUAUCUUUGUGGUAUGAGUAACUAAUGCAACAAGAAUAAAUUUUUUAAUAUGC